AAGUAUUAGUUUGUAUCUGGAAUUCCACAUUUAAACGAUUAAUUUACUGUUGUGUAAGUGGUUUUGAGCGAAUCACCAGUAGGUGGCGACAACCCCUCCUCUUAGACCGGUGCCAACUGCGCGAACAGGAAGUCAACGUUUAGAGGAAACCAGCGUUUCCUCAUCUGUACCGGCUUACAGGCCUUACUCUACUCAAUCACUUUGCUGAUCUCAAAGCUACAAAAGGAGUACUAUAAAUAAGGAGUGACUAACUCUUCCAACAACACAACGUAUUAAGGAGAAGUGAUCACCAUGUAUGCUCCACCGGGUUCCACCCUCCCUGGAGGUCGGAGAAGGAGAGCUGGCACCUCCCUGCCCAAGCAACCGGAGCGGAGUCUGGUGUCGGCGCUGCCCGGAGCUUUGUCCAUCACAGCGCUGUGUACGGCUCUCGCUGAACCGGCCUGGCUUCGAGUUCACGGAGGGGCCUGCCCCAGACAGGAGCUGGGGGUAGUGGAUGUCUUGGGGUACAUCGACCCCAAGCUUCUGGAAGAUUACUGUGUAAACCCACAAACCAUCCUGUUGCUGAGGGUCAUCGCUGCCUUCUGUUUUCUUGGCAUAUUAUGCAGUCUAACUGCCUUUCUGUUGGAUGUGUUUGGACCCAAACACCCUGCCCUAAAGAUCACACGCAGAUAUGCUUUUGCACAUAUACUAACAGUGUUGCAGUGUGCCACAGUAAUUGGAUUUUGCUACUGGGCCUCAGAACUGAUCUUGUCACUUCAGCAGCAGCACAAAAAGUACCACGGCUCGCUCAUAUACGUCACGUUUGCCAUCAGCUUCUACCUGGUGGCAGGUGCAGGCGGCGCAUCGAUCCUCGCCACCGCUGCAAACCUCCUACGCCAUUACCCCACUGAGGAGGAAGAGCAGGCCCUAGAGUUGCUCUCAGAGAUGGAGGACAGCAGUGAGACUUUUCCUGCCGAUUAUGACAUUGCCAAUCAGUUUCAGCCGCCACCUGCCUACACGCCCUAAUCCAACCAGACUGGCCUUGCAAACAUACUUAUCUCUGAGCACAGCUAUUUGCUUGAUGUGCAAACCACGCUGAAUUUAUCAAAUGGAUACCUUUGCAAAUAAUCUUGGCAAUGAACGUAAUGUGUGCACAAGUUAGUGCACUGAUUCCUUGAAAGACAGUGGCUUGGGUGCAUGAAAGCUUUCUUUAGUGGUGGCGUCAAUUUAGGGGUUAAUUCUUACUUAAUUCUCACUGCUGAAGUGGUUAGUGAUUUGCAUGUAAAUGGCUUUUAGGAUCUGGUCCUUACAUGUAAAGAUAAGUCAUCUGCAAAAAAGCACCAAACAGGGCUCAUCACGAGAAAUGAAAGCAACUGCAGAAUAAUCAACUGUUGUUGAAUGAUAUCAUUAGCCAUAGUUAUGAUUGGACUUGGAUGGAGCUUUGUUAGCAUUUAAGAUUUAAUUUAAUAUACUUGCCAUGCGUUUGAUUUAUUUCUUGAUGCUGCAUAGUUGCAGAACUACAUCAACACUGACAAGAUUGUUUUAAAGAUGUAUUUUAUACAAAAAUGGACCUUAUUUAUUCUAUGUGCUGCCUUUGUUUUUAUUUUGCUUUAUCAGUCACUAGUUCCAUCUCUGUUCAUCUCUGCAAUCCACAGUGUUUCAGUAACUGUGGAUUGCAGGUGCACACGGUUAUUGUGUUUGAGUUUAAAAAAGAGAAAUUGUUUGUACUUUGUGAAUACCACAUGUGACCACUUCAGUAUGUGUUUUCCAUGCGUGAGUUCUGCUGCUUUCAGAUUUUUAGGCAAGGGUCAGAAUCUGAAUGUUUCAUGUAAGGUUUCUGCUGACGCUUGAGUUUGUGACUGAUGUGGUGAUUGUACUCAGUUGCACGUUCGUUCUAUUUCUGCGUUUUGUUCCUCACUGUAUUUUCUUUUCCUUUAUGUAAAUAGUGAUUGUUUAUACAUAAAGUGGCCAUAAUAAAAUAAAUGUCAUA